GGUUCCGGUGGUGGGUUGGCUAGCUGGCUAUCGUAGUCCGACGCAGAGGGGUGCGAGCAGAGCUGCAGAGAUGAAAGAUAAAAGAAAAAACGGGCACACUUAAAACGGGAAACACAAAACAGAUAGGGGACAAACAAAUAGUGGACACGGUUCGGGGUAGAAGCGGCAGUCAACAAUCCAGACGCCAGCGUUGCUCUAACCCUGAAGACAAAAAACACGGAGUGCAUUUCUCAACCACUCUCACUCUCAUUUUGAUACGCUUGCAGCGUACAUUUCACCACAAGAUUGAUUAAAAACCCUAGCUUUUCAAACAGAGAGACUUGUGUUUUUCACCUUUGGCAAAUCCAAUGCACACCUCUUCUAAAAGCAAAAAAAAAGUGACUGUUUUUUUUGGUCAGAUAGCCAGCUAAUUUGGAGCAGAACAGCCCCAAAGCAUACAGUAUGUUUUGUGGCUGAGUGGCACGUCCGGGAAACCUACGGGUUAAUUUCAGACUGGAAGCAAAAGCUGUUGCCAAUUAGAUGCAUUGAACCCCCACAUGUGGGCCACGCAUGCAACUCGCUCCACAAGGAGCAAAAGCGUGCAGAGACCAUUCAGAGCACUUGAGCGCCAAAUCAGUUGCUUCUUACAUACUGUCCGUGAAGAUAAAAGAACUUGAAGGAAGAUGAUUUCCCUUCACACUGUUAGCAACAUGGCACGUAUCUCUGCUAUGUUUUUACCUAGUCUCACUUUUUUACUGAGCACAACUUUAUGUGCUUCCCAAAUGUGCCAGGGGCCUGGAUGUCUCUCUAACCAGGACUGGAGCCCAGCACAAGGGCCAACAGACACUCAAGUUUCCAGACGACAGCUUCACCUCUCAACUCAACCCAGGCAAGGAGAAGCCUACAACCAACGGGAUGCUCGUUACGGUCAUCACCAUACCGACACUCGCCAUCAAGGCUUUGAGCAACAAACUGGUACUGAUGCUACGAGAAGGACCAACCCGAGAACAAUCACUGCUGAGGUGUAUCAUCCUGGUUGUGCGGGCGGAACCUGCCCGACCACUGUCAAUCGUCAAGCGACGUCCGCUGACACCCGGGAAUGCAAAGGGAACAUGUGCAAGCUGGACCUCCAGAUGCGCCAGAAACCAAAAGCGUGCGUUGGCUGCAAUACACAAAAGGGAGAAGACGCCAGAGGGAAUUCUUCACCAUUACAUGUAAGAGACAGAGCAGCACAAUUUAUGGAGGAGCGCUCAGAAGGCGAUGCAUGGAUACAGUUGACAUGUGACAUAAAAUCAGGGAGCAAUGACGUUCCUUCCGACGAUGCUGUCAUCCUGCAGCUGCAGAUGUCCAAGGACCAAGAGAAGCUCGUUGAAGCCUUAAAGGGUCAGCAAGAAGAGGUCAAAGUGAUGCAUCGGCUCCUCGGCGAGCAACAGGGGGAGCUGCUCCACCAGCAGAGAGACAUACUGGCGCAACAAAGGAAAAUGCAGGACUACAUCGAGCAAGUCAAGGCGCAGUACAGCAUGCUAUUGGACACCAUCAAGCAAAUGUCCAUGCAGAACCUGCAGGAAGAGCUGGACAGCCACAGGGAAAUUUUGAGUGAGCCACAUCGAGUUCAACAGGCUCUCUCUUUGCAUAAGGUGGACAUGGAAGCCAGUGUCAUGGAGGUGGGCCAUUCCCUUGUGACCUGUGGGAGAUGUGACCCUGAGGAAUACUGUGACUUCAGGAGCGGUCAUCCACACUGUGAAAAAUGUACCGUUUGUCCAGCCGGCUUCUUCCUGGUUGCCCAGUGUUCAGUCCACACCGACAGAAUCUGUCAGGACAGAGAUGAAUGCCUUGAACUCACUGACCUUUGUGCGGAUGAACAUAAAUGUGUCAACACACCAGGUGGAUUUAGAUGUCAGGGAAUGACAGAGCAAGAUGCCAGGGGCAUGUGUGGCCACAACUAUUUCUACAACUUGGAGAUGGAUGAGUGUCGGGCCUGCGCCGAGUGCGAAGGCCAACCAGUUAGAUCACCGUGUACAUUUAGAACAGACACCGUCUGCUCUGGACCUUCUGUCGGUGACAGUGUCCUCUCCCUGUCCUGGACCGGAGAUGCGAGUCUCCCUGAUACCAAAGGCCACAGGGUGAACCUCACCUCGCCAGGUGUCCAACUUGCCAUCCAGGCGGGGCAGCAUUCAAGCCUUGCAUCGGCCGAGGACGGACGGCUGGUGAUGAAGAAGCACGGGCUGAUAUGGGUGGAGCAGAGUCUCUCUGUGAAUCACGGCUGCCGUAGUUUUCUUCAGGUGUCUUUGCGUGUGAUCACCAGCGAUGGUUCUCAAAGUCAAUACCUCAGCGGCGUCAGAAUCGAGCAACAGGAAGUGAGGUCUUUCCAGGGUGUCAGCAUCAGCUCGGUAGCGGAGGUCGCACCGGGUCACAUGAUCUCCGCUUCUCUUUGGAUUGCUAACCGCAAUUGCAACCAGAGCAAUGAAGGUUUGCGGCUUUAUGACCGCUUAGCUUCUUCUCUAAGCCUCAUGUGGCUGUCCCACGACACCGGCGCCGUCGCCAUGACGGCGGACGCCACGCUGUCGGCUCACUACAACACAAACCAUCGUCCCGUCUUUCGUAUCAGCACUACUUCGGACCCCUAUGUGGUGGUUCUGACUCAUGACGGGCGUGGGAUACGUUUUGCUGAAACCGGGACUGUCCGCUUUGUCUUUCAGCAGGCGUUGUACUCUAUGGGACAGGCAUGUGUGAGCGAGGGUUUCCAAAUGUUGGCAUACCUCAGUCGGAACGGUACCGUUGUGGAGCUUUGCCGGACCUUCAAAUCCGGGGUUAACUAUCGCGACACAUCCAUAUCUCUCUCUGGAGCGACUAAAGUUGGCUUUGGAGACACACUGGCCUUUGAGAUUCUGUCUACUGCUCAGUGCAAUGUCCGCUUCUUUAGUGACGACACAGGCAUUAGUGGCCUCAGCUUGGUUUGGGUUCCUGCUGCGAUCUCUGCCUCUAUCUAUGCCUCCGUAGCUCAAAGCGGCCUUCGCUCGGGUGCCGUCCGAAACAAGCCUCUGUUAUUCCUUCAGACUAGUUCGCAGGUGUUCCAGAUGGGACUGUCAGGGGAGGGGUCCGCUAAACCCAGCCAAGAUUUUGUCUUCAGGGAGAGCGGUACUGCUAGUGUCGCUCUGGACCUGAAACUGAUUCACUCUUGCAGCCUGCUGAAGGUGACUCUACUCAGACUAAAUUACCUGGAGAGGCCUGGAGCAGGCUUGGAGGCAAAGGGUGCACGACCCAUCCCCCUGGCCCAACAGGUAGGAGGACAAAUGCCUGAUGGUAGUCAGUGGGCCGGUUUAAGCCUGAGGGCAUCCUUCCAGGUACAUAAUGGCACAACUGUGUUCUUCACACUGGACUGUGUACGAGGACGAGUCAACCAGGUCAGCCACCAUGCAGAAAGUGGAGUGUCAGUCCUCUGGGUGGCAGCAUAACACUAGAUCUCGUUCCUUAUUUCACCACAUGAAUUCUAUUUCAGUGGACUGUAAUAUAUAUAUAUAUAGUAUAAAUUUGUUUUACCUGUUAAGAAAACAAUAUGAGAUACAGUAUGAUGAAUGUCUUUUGUUGCUUUUAGUCCGAGGUAUGUUUCUUAUUUUGUUUAAGCCAUCUAUAUCAUUUGUUAUCCAUCUACCAAUACCCUGCUUCAGAAUCUUGUCGCUUCUAAUUUAACAUGUAGUGUUACUUAGUGUUACGCUACAGAAAGUCAUGCUGUACCAUUGUGUAAUAAAAGCACAAAGUCAAAGUC